AUGAGCCUGUCGAUUCAAUCGAGAUCCGGCAGGGAGCUCUUGCGUUUGUCGCUAAGAGAGCCAGGCGCUCCACAGACUGUGGACGACCUCCAGCAACUGCUGUGGCUCCAGGGACCUCGGGUGAAGCCGUUGCGUCAGCGCUUGACGCUGCCCACGGGGGUUGCCUCAGCACCCAAAGCUCGUAGCCUGCUCGAAGCAGGUCACAAACUGGAGGAGUAUGGAAUUCGAGUUGAUGCUGGGGCGCAGGACUUUGUGGUGCACUUCAAAGAUCUGGGGCCGCAGGUCUCUUGGCGGGGUGUCUUCCUCGCUGAAUACUUAGGACCCCUGGUCCUGUUUCCGAUUGUCUUCACUCUGCAACUAGGGGGUCUGGACUUUAGCUACGCGUGGCAUCGGGCGCUUCCCCAACAGAGGGCGGCUCUAGUGGCGUGGACGCUGCACUUUGCGAAAAGGGAACUAGAGACGCUUUUCGUUCAUCGCUUUUCAAACGCGACAAUGCCAUGGCGCAAUCUCGUCAAGAACUGCGCGUAUUACUGGGGCUUUGCGACCUAUGUUGCGUACUUCGUUUGUCAUCCGCGCUAUACGCCGGUCGCGUCUCAUAUCCAGUUUUGGAUAGGCGUGUUGUGCUUUGGCAUCGGUGAGCUGGGCAACCUGGUGUGCCACUGGCGCCUGCGGCAGUUGAGACCCGCGGGAACGCGCCUGCGGCAGAUCCCGUACGGCUUCCUUUUCGAGCUUGUGUCGUGUCCGAACUACACAUUUGAGGUACUGGCGUGGGUGGGAUUUAACUUGAUGACGCAAACAAUCGCAGGCAUCCUGUUUAUGCUCGUGGGUACACUGCAGAUGAUGAUCUGGGCCCAGGCGAAGCAUCGCCAGUAUCUGAAGGAAUUCGGAACCCUCUAUCCCCGGUCGAGGAAACGCAUGUUUCCUUUCAUUUGGUGA